AUGCCCCUCGUGUCAAUUCAUAUCAUCAAAGGGGUUCGUUCUCCGUCAGAAGUCCUUCGUCUGUCCAAAACAGUACACCAGUCUCUGCAGGACUCAUUCAAGACUUCUUCCAAGGACCGUUUGCACGUUGUAAUCCAGCACGAACCUUACGAGCUUAUUCUGGAAGACAACGGACUGGGCUUUGAAAGAACGGAGAAAAGGGUCCUGAUCUGCAUAACUCAACAAGGCCGCACAACGAUGGACAAAACAGCACUAUAUGAGACCCUAGCAAAGAAUCUGGAGAAGGAAUGCGGUGUGCAAGAUACUGAUCUCAUGAUAUCUUUGACAGCUAAUGAGAAAAGUGACUGGAGUUUUGAAAAAGGAAGACCGCAGUUGCUUGAAGAACAAGAAUAA